GUUUUCUUUGUAUAUUUUAAACCUAGUUUUCAGUUUCAACACCAUUAUUUAGCUUUCUUUUUUCCUCACCCUUCAUCAUAGUAAUGGAAGAUCAAGGUCCAGAGACUAAUAAUUCGAGCCAUGGUUCCGAAAGAAGUGAACCGGUUAGGUCAAGGUGGACGCCAAAACCGGAACAAAUCCUCAUACUCGAGUCCAUCUUCAACAAUGGCAUGGUGAACCCUUCAAAAGACGAAACCGUCAGAAUAAGAAAGCUGCUCGAGAAAUUUGGUUCCGUUGGGGAUGCUAACGUCUUCUACUGGUUCCAGAACCGGCGUUCCAGGUCUCGCCGCCGUCAACGGCAGAUGCAAGCCAGCCUUGCAGCGGGUUCCGAGCAAAGGAGUAAUAACCACCAAGCGCAACAGGUACUCGGCGGUGGUGCAAUUCAGUAUGACAGUACUAAUGGGAUGGCUGCCGCCGCAGCCAUGAGGUUUGCACCGCCGUCUUACAACGUCGGUUCCUCCUCUUCUUGCGGUGUUGUGGCGGAUGAUGGCUUCGAGAAUUUGCUUUCAAUGUCUGCUCAAAUGGGGUUUCAAGAACUUGGCCAAAGCUCGAGUGUUUCUGAAACUUCAAAUUUGCACUAUCAAACUGGAUUCAUCACAGUGUUCAUCAAUGGAGUGCCAACGGAAGUUCCAAGAGGACCCCUUGAUAUGAAAGGCAUGUUUGGUGAAGAAGUAGAGUUGGUUCACUCCUCAGGCGUGCCUAUCCCCAUGAACGAAUUCGGCUUUUUACUCCAGACUUUGCAACACGGAGAAAGCUAUUUCCUGGUUUCGAGAAUAACUUAAAUUUCAACAUCUGCAAUCCCUUCUUCUAUUUUCAAGCUUCCGUCUCGUUUGUACUGAAAUCGAGCUGCAAACA